UAUCAGGCAGAACUAAUGAAGCCUCAUUGCAUUUUAGGAUCACAGAACAGUGACAAAAGACAAUUUCUGCUGGAGCGACUGCUGGAUGCAGUAAAACAGUGCCAGAUCCGCUUCGGAGGGAGAAAGGAGAUUGCCUCCGAUUCCGACAGCAGGGUGACCUGUCUGUGUGCCCAGUUUGAAGCCGUCCUGCAGCAUGGCUUGAAGAGGAGCCGGGGAUUAGCACUCACAGCAGCUGCCAUCAAACAGGCUGCGGGCUUCUCCAGCAAAACCGACACAGAGCCCGUGUUCUGGUACUACGUGAAGGAGGUCCUCAACAAGCACGAGCUGCAGCGCUUCUGCUCUCUGCGCCACAUCACCUCGGACGUGGGCCGUGGCCGGGCCUGGCUGCGCUGUGCCCUCAAUGAACACUCCCUAGAGCGCUACCUACACAUGCUCCUGGCUGACCGCAGCAGGCUCAGCACUUUUUAUGAAGAUUGGUCUUUUGUGAUGGAUGAAGAAAGGUCUAGCAUGCUUCCUACCAUGGCAGCUGGUCUGAACUCCAUACUCUUUGCAAUUAACAUUGACAACAAGGAUUUAAACGGGCAGAGUAAGUUUGCUCCCACCGUCUCGGACCUCUUAAAGGAGUCAACGCAGAAUGUGACGUCUUUGCUAAAGGAAUCCACACAAGGGGUGAGCAGCCUUCUCAGAGAGAUCACAGCCUCCUCUGCUGUCUCCAUCCUUAUCAAACCUGAACAGGAAACCGACCCUCUGCCUGUCGUGUCCAGGAUCGUCUGUGCCGAUGCCAAAUGUAAAAAGGAUCGGAAGNNGAAGAAGAAAGUGACAUACAUUAUCUCAUUCGAUGAUGAGGAAGAUGAGCAGAACUCUGGGGAUGCUUUUAAAAAGCUGCCUGGGACGGGGGAGAGCUCAGAGGAGAACUCUGACCGCUCGUCUGUCAAUAUCAUGUCGGCCUUUGAAAGCCCCUUCGGACCAAAUUCCAAUGGGAGUCAGAGCAGCAACUCAUGGAAGAUCGAUUCUCUAUCUCUGAAUGGGGAGUUUGGGUACCAGAAACUUGACGUCAAAAGCAUUGAUGAUGAAGAUGUGGAUGAAAACGAGGAUGACAUGUAUGGGAGUUCAUCGGGAAGAAAGCGCGUGGGCCCCUCGGAGUCGCCUGAGAAGCCACUGGAUGGGAACACCUGCCUCUCCCAGAUGCACGGCUGGGCCCCGCUGCAGGUGCUGCACGGUGAUGCCGAUGUCCUCUUCCCCGUCAGUGUCGGCGGAGCAGGCUCCUACGGCCCCACAGAUGCCUCCCUGGGAAGCCUGGAGAACGGGACGGGACCUGAGCAUCACGUUCUGCCAGAGCCUGGGCUUCGGUACAGCGUGGAAGCCAUCUCUCCAGGCCAAGGAAGUCCCUUGAGCAACCUGUUACCUGCUGCUUCAGUUCCAGAGUCGAUGACUAUUAAUGAACUGCGACAAGCCAUUGUGGCCAUGAUGAAUAGGAAGGAUGAACUGGAAGAAGAGAACAGAUCACUGCGGAACCUGCUUGACGGCGAGAUGGAACAUUCAGCUGCGCUCCGGCAGGAGGUCGACACCUUGAAGAAGAAGGUGGCUGAGCAGGAGGAGCGACACGUCAUGAAGGUCCAGGCACUGGCCAGAGAGAACGAGGUGCUCAAAGUCCAGCUGAAGAAGUAUGUAGGCGCUGUCCAGAUGCUGAAAAGAGAAGGUCAAACAGCUGAAGUUGUUCCAAGUCCUUGGAAUGUUGAUGGAGAAGUAACAGUCACUGAGCAGAAGCCGGGAGAGGUUGCUGAAGAGCUAGCAAGUUCCUACGAAAGAAAGCUCAUUGAGGUGGCGGAGAUGCACGGCGAGCUGAUCGAGUUUAACGAGCGCCUGCACAGAGCCCUGGUGGCCAAGGAAGCCCUCGUGUCCCAGAUGAGGCAGGAGCUCAUCGAUCUCCGUGGGCCGGUUCCUGGAGAUUUGAGUCAAACAUCCGAAGACCAGAGUUUGUCGGAUUUUGAAAUAUCAAACCGGGCACUGAUCAAUGUCUGGAUCCCCUCAGUGUUCCUGCGGGGCAAAGCAGCGAACGCGUUCCAUGUGUAUCAGGUCUACAUCCGGAUAAAGGACGAUGAGUGGAAUGUCUAUCGGCGGUACACAGAGUUCAGGAGUUUGCACCACAAAUUACAAAACAAGUACCCUCAAGUGAGAGCCUACAAUUUCCCACCCAAAAAGGCCAUUGGAAACAAGGAUGCCAAGUUCGUAGAAGAGCGAAGAAAACAGCUUCAGAAUUACCUGCGCAGCGUCAUGAACAAAGUUAUCCAGGUGGUCCCCGAGUUUGCCGCCAGCCCUAAGAAGGAGACCCUCACUCAGCUGAUGCCGUUCUUCGUUGACAUCACCCCUCCCGGAGAACCACUGAACAAGAAUAGCCGGCCCAAAGUGGCUUCCCGCUUCCCCAAGCUGUCUCGAGGUAACCUCAGGGAGACACGCAACGUGGAGCCCCAGAGCGGUGACCUCUGACCCCGAAGGACUCCCACAUGUGGCCCUCCCUGUCGCACCAGCUGCCUGCACCCCACCACUCUGCGUGCGGCCUGGCCACAGCAGCUGGCCUCCACACCCUACAGCGACAACCGCCGCACCUGGUGAGCCCCAGAGAGCAAGCCUCCCUCCACUCAGGUGGCUCCCCGAUUAAACUGUGGGUGUCGGAGCUGCCACAGCCCUAGCCUCAGAGCAAGGCCUCUCCUUCCUGGACGCUCGGACACGUGAUUGCGGCUUUCCCAGGGCCUGUUGUUCUCCAGCUCGGAGGUCGGAGGUCGGAGGUCAGGCUGGGAGCCCCAGGCUAAGAUGGCAUAGGAGAAAGGCCCCAUCGGAAACCUGACACCUUCCCGCAUGGGAAUUAGGACUACUGGCCCCCUCCUUUAGUGUAACUGCUAGAACCUGUGGACAGGUGGGCUUUUGUGCGGAGGGUGGUCUUGCUCCUCUCUGCUUCAUUCUGCAGCCAUGGGCGGUAGACAGUCUUGCCACCACCGCUCGUGCGGGCACCCUCGUCCCAGGAGGUGGUCCCGCAGCCUCGUGGAACAGGAGAGCCAAUGGUGAGGCUUCGCUCUGGGUCUUGGAGAGCUUCCUGCCUCCCUGUGGGUGCUCGGGAAGGACCCGCCAUGAAUUAACCUGAGGCUGCCUGGGCCGACCUGCACCUUGUCAGGCCUGGGUGUCACAGACGGCAGCAGCAAUCUGGUGCCCUACUGGAAAUGGUGGAAAACUACUGGAGAGCCCUGGCCUACCCCAGGUCAGUGGCCUGGGUCUCACGGUCAUCAGGGACUUGGCUCUGGAAACCACUGGUGAAGGUCCUGUGGGCUUCAGACCCAGCUCCUUCUCUGUGAACUUGGACACAGCGACACCCCCUAAAUAGGUCAGUCUUUCCCCUAAAGACAUACUCAUGACAUGCCAUCUGUCCCCAGGUGCUCUCGCUGGGAGCGGAGCCCUGUGUGCCCAGAGGGAACCCUCUGCCCCUCCUGUCUCAGGGCAGGGUCUCUGAGCCCAGGGCCUUGGCAGGCAGGACCAAGACGAGGACCAGCAGCGUGGCAGCCCCCCAGGCUCCUCCAAUGAGCCCACGCAGAUCGCCUCGCAGGACCCGAGUCAGUGGGCUGGUAUUAACCCCCAGCAUCCCGGAGCGUUUCCACCCUAGCCGAGAGCUGUUCUGAGAGCUCGUGGUGCCCGGAGGACACCAGAGCCCUGCUGGGAGGGCUGCACCAUGGGCUGCGUGUGGGUCAUCCUGGCUCCCUCCAACUCCCAGGCACCUGAGUACGUGUGGGUAUGAGAAGCUGCCAGGGCCGGCACAGAGCUCCAUCAGCUCACUGGCUGGAAAUCGGUGAGUGACCAAGGUGAGCACAGAGCGCUUCCUGGCAAGAGGAGAGCUCUCGGAAGAACCGCCCGGAAGACUGAAGCUGUGAGUCUCCUAGUCUCCAGAGGAUGCUUGUUUGGGGCAGUGAAGGCAGGCUGGGGUCAC